AAAGACGGCCAGGGACACCUAAGGACGGCCAGGUACACCUAAGAACGGCCAAGGACACCUAAGUACGGCAAGGUACACCUAAGGACGGCUAGGUACACCUAACGACGGUUUGGUACACCUAACCAUGGUUAGGUACACCUAUGGACGGCCAAGUACACCUAAGGACGGCCAAGGACACUCAAUGAUGCCCAAGUACAUCUUAGAACGGCCAAGGACAUCUAAGGACGGCCAAGGGCACCUAAGGACGGCUAGGUACACCUAACACUUAAGAAAUGUGGUGUACCCGUAGAAGAUAUGGUAACUGUAUACUGCUCACUAAUUCGAUCUGUCACUGAAUAUGCCUCAGUCAUUUUUUCAAAUAUUCCGUGUUACCUCUCUGAAGCCCUGGAAAAGAUCCAGAGGAGAGCACUUAAGAUAAUUAUGCCUGGUUGCCAAUACCAGGAUGCCCUGCGGCUGUCUGGUCUCCAGACACUAGAGGACCGUAGGCAUCUUGCAUGUGAGGCCUUUAUGAAAAACUUGAAUCGCCAGAAUCCGCUUUAGCAUAUAGCAGAUAGUAGAAGAUCGAGAAAAACUAACUAUUACUCGUUAAGACACCAGCAGACGCAUAGAUUUAAGAAAUAUCACACUAAACGUUUUUCUGAAUUUGUCACUGUUAAAUAUUCGUAUUGUUUGAAUUAGUAAAUGUUGCGCUUAGCCUGUAAUUCAGCUCUCACGCUGCUAAAGGUUAAAUAAACAUAUCUAUAGGACGGUUAGAUACACCUAAGGACGGCCAAGGACACCUAAGGACAGCCAAGGACACCUAAGGCCUGGCCAAGUACACCUAAGGAUGGCUCUCUAAGGUUGCCGCCCUCUAAGGUUGCCGGGGUGCAGUUCACUUAUAUUGUACCUUGAACACACUUUACCGAUCAUAUGUGAAGUACCUACCUACCAAAGCAGCAGAGUUGCAGAUGGCUUCGUUAGAGUGUGUUCCUUGGAAAUAUUUCCACAUUCAAUACCGCGAUUUCGUAGUCAAAAGCUCAUUUGGCGACUCAGAAUCAUCAUACGAAAUCUAUAUAAGCGAUUUUAAGCGUCUAUGGUUUGAAAGAGUAGAAGGGAAGGACUUUCUACACAGGGCCAAGGAAUUUAACCCAAAUCUUGAGGCAGAAAUGAGCUUUCUUCAAAAGCACCUUAAGAAACUUGUGCAUAGUCAAGAUAAGGAAACCUCAUAUGAUAUCGUAGUGGAUGACAUUAUUGAUGACAAGAAACUGGUUCUACGCAUGAAGACAAAGCUUCAGGCUGGUGUUCCAUUUGUCUGGGAAUUCCACUGUACCACAAAGGCUCCAGAACAUAUCUUCACCCAUAUCACACACCCAUUGCUAGCAAUGGUAGCUGAACUGCAGCGAAGAGAACAAGAGCUAUGUAGAAUGCUGACCAAAAAAGAUGCAGAAUUAGCUGAUUAUAAGGAUUCAGGAUAUAAACUCUCCAGAAGAAAUCUUGAGACACAGGUUUUCAAUGAAGAGGAAUUCUGCAAAACAAUGCUGCUAUCCCCUGGAUUUCCUGAGUGUAUUUUGCACUCCGCCAGACAUUGCUUCUCAUUAUCAGGGCAAGACCUUUAUCAACAGAUCAUGUCUAAGAAACAAUGCUUACAAAGUGCGAAAGAGGAAGCAUCAACACAUGUCCUAGAUGGAUCAGAAGAUCUUGGUCCUGGAGCUGGUGUUCAGCGCAAAUCUCCAGUGAAGUCCCCUAAGAGACCUCUCCCUCCCUCGCCUGAUACUUUACACAGUAAGGAGCUGGAGUUGCAGCGACAAGAAGAGCUUAAAAAACGACUAGCUGAUGAAGCUGAGAGAAAGAAAAGGAAAAAGAAGAAAAUCAAGCUAUAGAUCUAUGAGAAAAGACGGUAAGGAGCCAAGUCACCAUGGAAAAACCAGCGCACGGCUACUUGAUGGUAGCUCAGCAAAUCAUUCUGAAUUAGUAUAUAGUAUAUUGCGGUUUUUUUUGUAUUAGUGAUGACAUAACGUUAAAAACAGUUAACAGUCACUUGUACUCUUACAAACUUGUCUAUAUUUGUUAUGCUUAUGAUGGGGGCCGGUCGGUGCCCAUUGGCCGUGCGCAUCCACGUCUGCGCAUACAAGAAAGCACGUGCGCGCUUGUUUUUCAUACGCAAUGUCACAAAUCAAACGGAUAAAAAAAAUUUCAUAGUUGUUAGAAGAAAAUAACUUCAAAAUAUUUCUUCUGCAUAUUAUUCUACAAUGCUUGAUGUUAUCUAUGCUAUUUAUGACAAUGAAAAUAAAAUUCACGUUAAAACUGAA